AUGGCAUUUAUGUUCACCAGUGGUGUACCAUUGGAAAAAACUGAUAAUAAAAACGAUUCCAAACCGCAUAGAUUCGUUCAUCAUAAUGAAUCUGACUUGGAUGAAUUGUUAAAAGUGGUGAACGAAGCUGGUCAAGAUCAUGAAGACUUUCAUAAAGUGUUGAGAAAACGAGCCACCUUCACCGCAGAACAACGUCAAUUUCAGAAUGAUGUGUUAUAUGCACAUAAUUACUAUCGUGCUUAUCACUGUGCUCAAUCUCUUCAGCUUGAUGAUUUACUUAGUACUUCGGCUCAAAACUUUGCUCAAAAACUUGCUGACACAAAUCAAUUUUAUCAUAGUGGAACUAAAGGUGUUGGUGAAAAUCUGUACAUGGCAACUAGUUCAAAUGGUAUCAAACUUCAUGGAUAUACAGGAGUGAUUUCUUGGUACAAUGAAAUUAGAAGUUACAAUUUCAAUAACGGAGGCUUCUCAAUGGCUACAGGUCACUUUACACAACUUGUCUGGAGAAGUUCGACAAAACUUGGUGUGGGUAUUGCUUAUGGUAAUGGAGGCCGUUCUGCCUAUCUUGUUGCUCAAUAUACACCUCCAGGCAACUAUAUAGGUCAAUUUCAAACGAAUGUUCUUGCACAUGGCAGUUGCUAA